AUGAAUUUUCACCCAAGCGGUGAGGAUUUGGGGAAAUUGGCUGCUUUUCUGUUUUUUUUUUUUUUUUGUCUCCUGCUUUUUUUCCCUUUUUUUUUUUUUUUUUUUUGUGGAGCGAAUGUGGAGGUUUGUGCGAUGAUAAAAAUUCGCAUCCUCCACCUCAGUGUCCUCUCGGAGGAUGCCGGGGACUUCCGGCACGCCGGCCUGUACGUCGUGAUGCGUGUGGGCGAUGAGGGCCAACGCACGAGUGUCCUCGUAGAGGGCGAGAGAAAGUCGUGGGACGAAGUGUUUCUUUUUCGUCAGCCGCCGUCCCUUCCCGCUGUGGGCGUUGGGAUGUCGCUGGGGGCACCUUUCAUUGCGAGUGGCCCGAUGGCACGUGACACGCCGCACUAUUUGUCGUCGUUUCAUCAUCAUCAUCAUCAUCAUCCGCUUACCACACAUGACAGCAUCGCUGCUGGCAGUAGCAUGGACGCCAUGGCGCUUGCACCCCCGUGGGUUGGCGACCCGUACGGCCUCCCGACGGUUGCACUGGAGCUUUGGCGUCAUUCGGCGACCUCCGACGACUGUCUCGCGAAGUAUCAAUUUUGCCUACCGCACGACAAGUGUGGAGGCGUUUUGGAUAGUUGUGUGCGGCUCAUGAGUGCAUCAUCGUACUCUGUGGAGUUUGCCCUUCGGGUUCGUGUGGCCUUGUCGCAUUCUGACUCCACCCAUGCAAUCCGGCGUCCCCCCGCUCAAAAUACCAUCCCGCUAGAAACGCCUGUUUCAUGGGGUCCGUAG